AUGGCCCAUGAGUACUAUGCGGUUAUCUUGGAAUUUACUGCCCAAAAAGUCGCUCUAGGAUUCGCCGGAGAGCCUCAAUUCCAUGUUUGUGUUACUCCAACUUCGCCGCUUUGGAAGAAAUUUGUCUAUUCCGACAAUGAAAUCCGGUACCCCACGUUUCUAGGUCUUGGAUCACACGCCUUGCUGGCCGAGGAAAAAGACAAGAUUCGCCUGUGUUUGAGCGAAGGCGAAAAGAGAUCAGUUUCCCAGUACAACAAGGACUACGGUACCCACUGGUUCUGCUGGAAAAACGAUAAAUUCAGAGCACUAUCUCGACUAGUCAAACAUCUCAUUCUGGCGCUGCUUCUCAUCUCCAAUGCUUCAGCGAAGCUCUUUAUUAUAGACGGGGGAAUGGCGGCUGUUGAGAAAGCGCUGCUAUGUGAGUCGUUAUUUGCCCAAAACGCAGCUGUGGCAGUCACUUUUCUUCCCCGGUCUCCAUGUCUUGCCAUUUCUGGUGGGGUCGAAAACGGAACGCUAGUCCAUUUUGGCUGGAACGAAUGUUGUGUGGUUUGUGUUUGCGACUUGCGUUGUGUCUCAUCCAGAUCCUUGCUGGAGUAUUCCGGGGAAUCCAUUCAUUACCUGAUGGUCAAAAGAAUGAGCAUGAACCAAGAUGGAGAUUUUGCCCUGGUGUCGACGGAAAUGUCAAUUGAGAAUGAAACGUUGCAAUCGCUAUUCUCCAAAGACGGUUUGCCGGCACGCAUAGCUGCCGAAAUCUUGGCUCUUGACAUAGAUAGUCGACCAUUGGUCGCUCUGAACAUAUUAUUUUCGGGUGUGUUAGCUCUGGUUCUGGGACUUACAGAGAAGAUCAUCGAACAAGUGAAUCAUCAACUCGGAACGCUACAAGCUCAGAAAACACCAUGCUUAGGCGCGUGGGCCGGCGCUUCUUUGUAUUGUUCAGUGGGGCUACUUCGAGAAAACCCAUCCAAAUGGAAACACAAAGAAAUCACUCGAGAAAAGUUGAGCGGCGCAGGAUGGAAAGAACUACAGUAUCUCAAUACAUAG